AUGCCGCUGCUGAAUAUCAAACAUACAAAUGAAACAGAUACAUCUGGAAUGUCAGAUAGUGAUAGAUUAAAAUUGGAAGCCUAUCUUGACCAACUUGCUUUCUGGUGGAAAGUUGUAAUAGCCUUCAUCGCUAUACUCACAAUUCUUGGAAAUAUUUGGGUCUUGAUUUUGACCUGGAAAGAAAGAAGUCUUCAUCAGCCAAAUAAGUAUUUUAUCGCCUGUCUGGCUGUUGCUGAUCUCUUGGUUGGGGUAAUUUUAAUACCACUGAACGUGUUUACCAGACUGAAUUUCGAUCCCAAGUCGGCGCGAUCGACACCAUCGGCUUUUUAUCUUUGUCGUUUUAUGGUGUGGAUAGAUACCAUUGCGUUAGCGACAUCCAUUUUUACCUUAACCUUGAUCAGUUUUGAUCGAUAUCUUAAAAUUAGCAAGCCACUUCUUUACAAAUCUCUAAUGACAACCUCCAGAUCGUUGAAAAUAAUCUUCGUCUUAGUUUUCAUUUCAAUUUCCCUUGCCUCUUACUCCGUUACUCCCAAUUCAGGAAGCUAUGGAAUUUUGGACACCGCGUUGGAAACUUGCAGUCACGAGCAUGACCAAGAUAAAGCCAAAACAUUUUACCUUUUGUUGUCGAUGAGUGCGUUCUUUAUACCCGCAUUAAUCAUGAUGAUCAUGUAUGCUCUUAUAUUUCUCGUUGCUCAUAAACGAAACAAAAUGCUUUCGAAUGGCGGAUUGGUCUGUGCAAUCCAUUAA